CCAAGUAGCCCCGGAGACUACUACAGUUCCUUGGACAAUGAUCUCAAGAUUGAACUGAUUGAGAAACUUUUUGCUAUGGACACUGAAGCAAAAAAACAAUGUAGCACUCAGGCGGAAUUGAGUGAUCUGGACCUUGAAACUCUGGCUCCCUACAUUCCCAUGGAUGGGGAAGACUUCCAGCUGAGCCCAAUCUGCCAUGAUGAGCAGCCCCCUUCCGAGAACACGCCAAGAACGCAAGAUUAUUCCAACAACAUGAAUAAUGUGUUCCAGUCGUUUGCUCCAAAUUUUGUCACCUCACAUCAGCAGAUGAUGCUUGACAAGUAUUGUCCUGAGAUGGCGCCAGUAAAGAAGAAUAACUCCAGCCACCUUCACCCACUGUCAUACAACACUGGAAACGGGGUUUCUCUGCCACCAUACCAUGCACCUGUAUGUAAUCCUGCAUCCUCGAUGGGUGGCAGACUGAAUGUCCAAUGGCCGCCUGAUCCGCCUUUUGAUUGUACACUCAGAAAAUGGAGAUUGAUGGAUCAGAGGACAGGAUCAUUGCCUGGUAUCCCUCCUGGCCAACUGGGGCAUACAUCACUGUAUAAACAAAGGUCUCUGGACAACUUUGGACAACAUGGGAAAGACAUUACCAAUGAAAUGAUGUUCAGAAACAACCUAAAACGCAAACUGCAGCUGGACUUUGGAGAGCAGAUAUUCCAACUAUCAGCAGACUCUCUGUGUGAAGAUUCACCAAGGAGUCACACUUCACAGAUGCUGUGGAAGAGAAUGAAGAGCAUUAAAUCUGAAAACAAUUCCUCAUUAACACAGAAAAAGUCCUGGAGUUCAGGGUCACUUACAGGAAUGGCAAGCCGUCUUUUGGGUUCAUCGUUCCUUGCUUAUUCCUUGCCUGAGUUGACAAGAUAUGACUGUGAAGUCAACGCCCCUGUAGUAGGGAACUCAACACUUCUGCACGGACGUGAAUUGCUGACAGCGCUUGACCAAGCAACUUAAAUGGUUCUGCAUUAAACCACUAGCCUGAACUGUGAUAACUGCUUCAGUUUCUAAAGAUAUAUUUUGCAAGUAGUCUAUUAUUGACAUGUAGUUUAAAGAAUCACUUAUUUGUUCAACAUGUCCACAUCUUUGCUAAUAACUUUUCGUAAAUUAAACUAUGUUCUGUUAUUCUUGUCAUUAUAACUUCACAUAGAUUACUCCUAGUCAUUCUCAAAUCCAAAACAUCACUCAUUCUCAAAACAAGUUCUCCGUUCUUUUUCUCCUGUAGCAUUAUGUUGUUCUUUUCUAAUUCUCUACUUGCUCUUCUUUCAAUUAAAAAGCAGCUAUUUUCUUGUGUUGAAAGAAAUGCACUUAAUUUUUUUAAGACAAUUAAAAUGUUCCAUUAUUUUUUCCUACAGAUGCUCAGUGAAUUAAAAUACUAAUGGCUAAAAAUUUAUAUUAGAAAGCAGAUUUAUUGUAUGUGGACUUUUUGUUCAGUUGCACAUUGUAGCUUCAAUAAGCUUUUUUUUUGGUUGUUCAUUUACUAAAUAUUAAGCUUUUAAAGACUUAUAGAUUUUUGAUGUUAAUCUUGUGCUGGUACUUCAAGUAGCAGAAAGAGAAUGGAUUUCUACUUGUAUUCAUAUAAUCAAUUUAAAGCGUCAUUUUAUUACUUAGUGCUGGAUUUGCAUUCAAUUGAUAUUCUGGUCAGUGGUAACCUAGGGGCAUCUUGAAAAAGGCAAGCUGCCAAUAAUUUAGUAUUAAUGUUUUAUUAAAAAAAAGCUGGAAUAUUUUACAUAUCCAAUGCACAGUAAGAGAAUACAUCAAAACACAAAUGUAAAAGAUUUAAAGUAUAUUUAGUUGUAUUUUUUCUUUGGUCAGGUAUAACACAGUUCUUUUAUUCUGUCGAUCUGUCAUGCAUCUUUGUGAGACCCUGCUGAACUUAAGUCAAACCUUUAUGCAGUAUGUACGAUAAAUGAGGCCUUUGCAAGGAAGUAUUUUAAAUUUUACUUAUUAAAAAGUGCAAAAUAUUUCCAGAAAAACUCAAAUUUCGGCUUAAAAUGGUCAAUUCUUGCUAUCAUUGGAAAACAAUAGAGCCUCAUAUUUUAAAUUUUUUGAUUCAUUCAUUAAGCUCACAUUUCCCUUUAUAAGGGCAUUCUACAGAGGGUAACAUUAUAUCCUGAUACUUCAUCCCCAUUGCAUUUUCAACAGGGCCACACUUAGAACAGACUGGGAAGGUUUGACCUCAAUACAUAUAAUCUUCAAUGAUAAAGCUAUUUUUCCAUUGCUGGGAACCCUUCAAAUGCCACAAGUUUUGAACACUGGUUUUUGUUUUAAUUUGAAUGAAAUAUUUAAAGGAAUUAAAAUCAAAGGAAAGUGUCGUGGUACAAUGAAUUUGAAGUUGAAGAACCAUCAUUCUUUUUGGCUCAAAAAUGUUAAUGCAUUUGAAGGGUUAGGGUUGCAGGCAAACUUUUUGGGUUUUUAUAAGCUUAAUGCAGUCUCAACAUUAAACAGACAAUGCAAGCAUGUUGCUAAAAUACUAUGUCAGUGUUUCAGUUCUAAUAUUAACAGCCAUAGUUUUUAUUACAAAUAUUUAAUAUCUGUAUGGCUUGGUUCUUAAUACUUUAUUCUGUAUGGGAAAUUUUAACCUAAUGAGGUAAUGUAUUUUUGACACCAGUAGCUUAUUAAAGCAUAAAAUCUUUAAUGUCA